AUGUUGGCGUCACCGUCCAGUGUCAGCUCAGCCUCCUCGCCGGGCCUCGUUCUCCUGCGACAACCGAUCUUCGCCUCUACCGCCGGUAAAGGCGUAGUGAACGAUGGCUCCUCGGCAAUGAUGUCAGACGACUCGCCACCCCGCUCGGAAUCCGGCGCCCGACCGGCCACGCUGACCAGACGAAUCACCGCUCGUGAUGCCGAUGAUGAUAUCCGAAGGGGGAAUGCGCGGUGA